CGUCCGUUUUCUUGGAGUUCACGUCGAACGAGAGUGUCCGCUUCCUUACCUCGUCAUGGAGUAUUUGGACACCACCCUCGCGGGCUAUCUGCAGAAAGCAGGAAUCCCCGAGCCGUCAGUUUACUAUAACAUCUACUCAGAUGUCGCUCUGGGUCUUCGCUACAUGCACGGGCAGUCGCCGCCGAUCAUCCACCGCGACUUGUCCGCCAACAACGUCCUUCUCACGUCGUCUCUCCACGCAAAGAUAUCUGACCUGGGCGUCUCCAAAGUAUUGGACGUGACUCCGUCGGAGAAGACUCGUGUGACGAUGACUGCGGGUCCCGGGACUCACUGUUACAUGCCGCCAGAGGCACUGGUAGACGAGCCCCGCUACGACACGGCAAUAGACGUGUUUUCCUACGGGAUUCUGAUGCUCCAUGUUCUGUCCAACGAUUGGCCAGUGCCUUGUGCACCAACCAUGAUCGAUCCUAGCAACCCGAAUCGUGUUCUCCCGGUGACUGAGUUUGAGAGGAGAAUUCACUGCGUUGCAAGGAUAACAGAGGGCAUCGACCACCCUGCGAUCCCUCUCCUUCGCAAGUGUAUCCACAACAGUCCUGCCAAUAGACCCAACAUGAACACCGUCACCAGACUAGUCAUGGAGCUGCAGCUGAAAGCAGACGAAGGGAAGGUGUACCACCCGAGGCAGUCCUACGACCCCACCUCACCCAGUGAGGUGUCUCUUGGAGUUGGAGACGAUGUACGAGUCUUUAGAAACAGCCGUAAGAUGCUGAAGGCCUACUGCCUCACCUCGGGGGAGGUAGGAUAUGCUCCAGCUGACAUCCUCAGACGAUUAGAGCAGUGUCCGAGGGCCACAGCUCUGUACACAUCGCCGGCAGAGACAGGCGAGGGCCUCUCCAUCUCCCAGGGAGACACUCUCCACAUACUCUCCCUCGACAACCAAGAGUGGUGGUAUGGAGUUAACGAUGCCACUGGAAUGACUGGAUUCGUGCCUUGUACAUAUGUCUCUGAGAGUCUCAGGAGUUACAGGUGGUAUCUGGGGAACACCAGUCACUCUAAUGCCGACAACCUCUUGAAGCAGGAGAGCAACGCCACUGGUGAGUAUACCUUGGACCUUGCAUGGGCACACAGAGAAAGCAACCUUUAAGCCACUGUAAAAGAUAUGUGUACUGUCAGGUGGACGACGUUAAGGAGAUGCUGGGCUUGUUUUGCCCGCCAAUUACAAUUAAAGUAGAACGGCUACAACGAGAUACGUACUACUAGGUGCAGGGGGAAAAAGUAUCUUACUAUUCCAUACUUCAACUGUAGUCAAAGUAGUAAUAAUAGUUGGUUUGUCUCUUAUUACGCUCAUGUGCCUACAAUAAAUGCAAAAUUGUUGACACCCUCAGCUAGGGGAGCAACGAAAUUUGGACGAGAUAGGAUUAGGUUCAGCGAGUAAAAGUAUGUUACUAUUCCAUACUCCAACUGUAGUCAAAGUAGUAAUGAUAGUUGGUUUGUCUCUUAUUACUCUCAUGUGCCUACAAUAAAUGCAAAAUUGUUGACACCCUCAGCUAGGGGAGCAACGAAAUUUGGACGAGAUAGGA